AUGUCUAUGUCUCUGCAAGUCUCCAAUAGCUCGAAAUUCCAGGUCUCUGAGUUCAUCUUGAUGGGAUUCCCAGGCAUUCACAGCUGGCAACACUGGCUUUCUUUACCGCUGGCAUUACUCUACCUCUCAGCAAUCGGUGCCAAUUCCCUCAUCCUCAUCACCAUCUGCCAGGACUCUGCACUUCAGCAGCCCAUGUAUCAUUUCUUAGGCAUCCUCUCUGUGGUGGACAUGGGGUUGGCCACCACCAUCAUGCCCAAGAUCCUGGCCAUCUUCUGGUUUGAUGCCAAGGUCAUUAGCCUCCCUGAGUGUUUUGCUCAGAUUUAUGCCAUCCACUGCUUUGUUGGCAUGGAGUCAGGCAUCUUCCUCUGCAUGGCUUUUGAUAGAUAUGUAGCUAUUUGCCACCCUCUUCGCUACCCAUCAAUUGUCACCAAUGCCUUAAUCUUAAAAGCUACCUUAUUCAUGGUGUUUCGGAAUGGCUUGGUCGUCAUUCCAGUGCCUGUGCUUGCAGCCCAGCGUAAUUAUUGCUUCAGGAAUGAGAUUGAGCAUUGUCUGUGUUCUAACCUUGGGGUCACUAGACUGGCUUGUGAUGACAGGAGACCAAACAGCAUUUGCCAGUUGGUUCUGGCAUGGCUUGGAAUGGGGAGUGAUCUAAGUCUUAUAAUAUUGUCAUACACUUUGAUUCUGCGCUCUGUACUUAGACUGAACUCAGCUGAAGCUGUGUCCAAGGCUCUGAGCACCUGUACCUCCCAUCUCAUCCUUAUCCUCUUCUUCUACACAGUUGUUGUAGUGAUUUCAGUAACUCACCUGGCAGAGACUAAAGCUACUUUGAUUCCAGUCCUACUCAAUGUGCUGCAUAACAUUAUCCCCCCUUCCCUCAACCCUAUGGUGUAUGCACUUAGGACUAAAGAACUUAGAGCAGGCUUCCAAAAGGUGUUUUGUUUGAGCCUGGAAAAGAAAGUAAGGCAUCAGAGACCUUCUUCAUGA